GGGGUCGGACGUGAUCUGGGCGGCGCGCCCACAGCGCCGCGGCCUCAGCCCUGCCAGUCUGUCCCGAGCGCGCUGCCGGGUUCUAGCGUGGACCAGCGGGACGGCGGACUGUUCGUCACGGGCACCUCCCCGUCGUCGACGAGGAAGUGGCUGUCAAAAGAGGCCGGGCCGGGCGCGAGGAGCGUCGUGCCUCUCGAGGAGAACAGUGCAGCAGGGCACCUGCGUGUGACCAGUACCAGUCUGAGGUGAACGCUGCGACGUUCAGGGCAGCUCGAGCCGGGCGAGCCGCCGCGUCCGUACCCGUCCCCCGUCCUGGUUCUCGAGGAUCCUGGAAAGGGCGAGCGGGCUGCACCGGCCACGGACGCACCAUGCGUUGGAAACGCCCCCGCCAGGUCCCCUGCUCCAGACACGACUCUGCCUGGUGGACUUGGGUGGAAUAACAUUAUUCCAUUCACCUUUGCGUUCAAUUUGACGUGCAGCUGUGAUAAGUGAUACGAUACGAGAAACUGCAGUGUUAAUUGCGGGUAAAUAACCAAAAUACGGUUGUUGCCGUUGAGACGUGCGUUUCCCGGACGCCUCUGCUUCAAGAGAGCGACGUCGACGCUGUGUGGGCACAGUUGUAUCUUCAAUUUAUUUCUUCCACCAGGAUGCCCCAGCAGGGCGUUGACGGGGGUGGCGCCCCGGCGCCCGGCACCCGGAGGCCCUCCCUGAGGAGGCUCUCGAUGAGGAGGCGCUCUUCGGCGGGCACCCCGACGGAGAAGGCCACCUACUCCUUCCUCGGCAACCAGACGCUGACGCCGCGCGCCGUCGCCCGGCUCUCCCUCGCCCACGUCGAGGCCGGCGCGCUGGUCGGCGGGCCCGGGGCCGGGCGGGGCGCUCGCGGCGGCUGGGACAACCAGCUCGACUUCCUCUUCUCCUGCAUCUCGGUGUCCGUGGGCCUCGGCAACGUCUGGAGGUUCCCCUACCUCUGCUACAAGAACGGCGGAGGGACAUUCCUGCUCACGUACUUCGUCGCCAUGGUGUUCUGCGGCAUCCCCAUGUUCUUCCAGGAGGUGGCCCUGGGCCAGUACCUCGGUGCGGGGGGGAUGACCCUCGUCGGCACACUGUGCCCCAUCCUCAGAGGUACGGGCUACGCCACCAUGGCGAUCGUGUUCCUGCUGGACGUGUACUACUGCGUGAUCGUGGCCUGGACGCUGUUCUACCUCAUCGCCACGUUCACGGUGCUGCCCGGCUUGCCGUGGGAGUCGUGCGGCAACUGGUGGAACUCGGAGCAGUGCUCGCGUGGCGUGGGCGGCGCCAACCGGAGCCUGGACUUGUCGGGCCCGUCGUCGGCGGCGCUGACAGACGGGUCCGGCGACGGGGACCUGCUCACCGCCCUGGGGAACCAGACCCUGCGCCGCAGCACGCCCGUGGAGGAGUUCUGGGACCGGCGCGUGCUGCAGCUGAGCGCGGGCCUGGACGAGCUGGGCGGCAUGCAGUGGGAGCUGCUGGGCUGCCUGCUGCUGGGGUGGCUUCUCGUCUACCUCAUCAUCUGCCGAGGCCUGCACCAGAGCGGCAAGAUCGUGUGGUUCACCGCGCUCUUCCCGUACGCCAUCAUGCUGGUGCUCGCCGGGCGCGCCGUCACCCUCCCCGGUGCCGUCGACGGCCUCGUGUUCCUUCUGGUGCCGGACUGGUCCUCCCUGCUGUCGGCCGGGCCGUGGAUCGACGGCGCCACGCAGAUCUUCUUCUCGUACUCGAUCGGCGUGGGCACGCUGCCCGCGCUCGGCUCCUACAACGCCUUCCACCACAACUGUCACAAGGACGCCAUCAUCACGUGCGUGGUCAACAGCCUCACGUGCCUGCUGGCGGGCGGCAUCACCUUCUCCAUCCUGGGCUACAUCGCGCACGUGCAGGGCAAGGACGUGUCCAGCGUGGUGUCCAGCGGCCCGGGGCUCGUGUUCAUCACCUAUCCGGAGGUGGUGCAGCUGCUGCCCGGCGCCCCGGCCUGGGCCUUCAUCUUCUUCUUCAUGCUGCUGAUCCUGGGCGUGGACAGCGAGUUCUGCAACGUGGAGUCGUUCGUGACGGGCAUGGUGGAUAAGUGGCCGGAGCAGCUGCAGCCCCGCCGGAAGCUCUUCACCCUGGCCGUGUGCUCGCUCAUGUUCCUGCUCGCGAUCCCCAUGGUGACGCAGGGCGGCAUGUACAUCUUCCAGCUGAUGGACAUGUACGCCGCGUCCGGGAUCUCGCUGCUGUGGGUGGCGCUGUUCCAGACCGUGGCCGUCUCGUGGGUGUUCGGCGUCGACCGCUUCGCCCUGUGCGUGCGCGAGAUGACCGGCGUGAGGCCCGGCCCUUUCUGGCGCCUGUGCUGGCUCGUGCUCGCCCCUGCGGUCAUGCUGGUCAUCUUCCUCUGGUCCGUGGUGCAGUACCUCCCAAUGCGCUACGGCGACUACGACUACCCGGGCUGGGGCGAGGCCGUGGGGCUGCUGAUCUCCUGCGCGUCCAUGCUCUGGAUCCCCGGCUACGCCGUGUACUACAUGCUCGCGACCAAGGGAACUUUUGCGGAGCGCCUCGCGCAGGGCCUCACCGCGGAGGUGAAGCCCAACCUGGAGCGGCGGCCCACCCUCGUGCUGGAGAGGUCGCCCCUUGCGUCACCGACUCAUCAGCAGGGGUCGCCCUCGGAAGCGCCCGACUGCAAGGCCGUGCUGCUGUGACGAGUGGGGCGUCGUCGUGAGAUAUCGCGACACCGUGUGUGUCUCUCUCUGUGUGUGUAUGAGUGUGUGCGUAAUCGCAAUACUUCAACAGGACUAUUUCUAGCGAUUACCGCACGAGUGAGAAUCUGGUCGUUUGUUCAUAGUAUUAAGCGUUUGAUGAUUCCAAUAUAUUUUUUCUCUCCAUUCUUUUUUUGUAAUAAAACGGGCAAUAAAAUCACCAUUUCCGAAAUAAGGUGUCCGCAGCCCAGGCUGAACGAAAUUGGUCGCGGGUCCUUACCUUUCUCCGCACAUCACGCACUGCACAGCAGCGCCACCUCCCGGCUCGCAUGCACAAGCCUGCACCUCCGUCCGUCUCGGCGCCGCGCCGGUCCGGUAGUGGUCGCCGCGCCGUGCCGUGCAGGGCUGCGGCCCGACAGGUCUCGCACUAUUUUUAACCCAUUCAAAACAGCAGCGGCG